AUGGGCGCCGCACACCAGACACGCGAUGCGCACAACCAUGACCAUCAUGGCCACGGCCAUUCGCAUGGGCUGGGUGGUCAUCACCACCAUCAUGACACGACAUAUCUGACCUCGAGGAAUCGGUCUGAUCCUGGCGUGCGGAUCACCAACAUUGGCCUGGUGUCGAACCUGCUCAUGGCUGUGGCCAAGUUUGUGGGCGGAUGGGCGUUCAACUCAAAGUCAAUGGUGGCAGACGGGUGGCAUUCCCUCACAGAUCUGGCGUCGGAUGUCCUGACUCUUGCGACCGUGUCGUGGAGCAUCAAGCCGCCCACCGAUCGAUUCCCCCUUGGCUUUGGCAAGGUAGAGAGCCUGGGAGCUCUGGGCGUCAGCAGCAUGCUGCUCGUGGGAGGCUGUUACAUGGGCUGGGAAUCUGCGCUGGCGCUGUAUGCACACUUCAAUCCGGAAGCCGCGCACUCGCUCGCUGAGCACAUAGGGCAUGGUCAUUCGCAUUCGCACAGCCCAGCGGCCCUGGGACUACCGAGCAUACAUGCUGCGUGGAUCGCAGCCGGCACCAUCGUCGUGAAGGAGUGGUUGUACCACGCGACCAUGAAGGUGGCCAAGGAGAAGCACUCGUCUGUCCUGGCUUCCAACGCCGUUCACCACCGAGUGGACUCUCUAACUGGUAUUGUCACGUUGGUGGCGAUUGUCGGGGCCAACCUCUUCCACAACGCUGGCUGGCUGGAUCCUGUCGGUGGGCUUCUAAUCUCCUUCAUGGUCAUCCACGCGGGUGCCGGUAACACUCUGGACGCCUUCUGCGAGCUCGCCGACCAGAGCAUCGACCAGGACGUCAAGAAAUCUGUCAGGAAGCAAGCCAGCAGGGCUAUCGAGGCGUACGAUCUCGAAAAGCAGACGGAACUGCGCGACGUCGCGGGCGUCAAGAGCGGUCAGAACUACCUAGUUGACCUCGAGAUGGCCGUGCCAGGAUCGUGGUCUGUCGAGCACGUCCGCGAGGUGGAGGCAGCCAUCCGCGACCGCGUCGGGCGCAAAGUCAAGGGCGUGAAGCGUGUCCGCGUCAGAUUCGUCUCCAUGUCGGAGACGCCUGACAAUAAGUUUGACGAGUUCAUCAACGAGAGAGACGAGAGGCUCGAGCCUGAGGAGGACCCCGACUCCGAGACGGAGGCGAGCAAAGGACGCGACCACAAGCACUAG